AAGUGAAAGCAAGCGGUUAACAUAUAAAACAGACUUUCUUGAAGUUGAAGGGCAUUCGGGCGAGAGGCACAUACGUGAAGAGUCAUUACUUGGAGUAAACGUCACCACUUCUUUACAUAGACACUUCAGCUGAGCCAUGGGAAACAAGACCCCCCCACCUUCCCCCCCACCUCCCCCCCCACCUUCUCCAAAAGUUCUGCCUCGGGAAUGGAGGAACGGUCCUUGGGGAAAAAAAGCAGGAGACUCGGAGUUUGUGGACAAAUACAAGCCUUAUAAAGCUAAUGUCGAGCUCAGAUGUAUGCUUUAUGGACCUGUUGGUGCUGGCAAGUCCAGCUUCAUCAACUCUGUGGACAGUGCUUUACGAGGCAAAAUAGCUGGUCGAGCUGCCACAGAAGGGAUCGGUGGCAAGAGCAUCACCACAAGAUACAAAGCCUACAAAAUCCAAAAAGGAGGACCAGGGACACAUUACCCUUUUGUCUUCAAUGACAUCAUGGGCCUUGAGAAGGAUGCAGGAAAUGGAGCUUGUGUGGAAGACAUCAAACUGGCCAUGAAGGGACACAUGAAGGAUGGUUACACGUUCAAUCCUUCCUCUCCCUUGUCUGAGAAUGAUCAAUACUACAACAGAAACCCCUCUCUAAAUGACAGAGUUCAUGUUCUGGUUUGCAUCAUCCCUGGCAGCAUGUCAGGAAUGCAGGAUGAUUCUGUGAGAAAGUUGAGGGAAGUCAGACUUGCAGCCAGGGAGAUGGGGAUUCCUGAAAUUGCUAUUCUCACCAAAAUUGAUGACACCUGUCCAGAGGUUAGAGAGAAUAUAAGGAACGUGUAUAAGAGCAAGUACCUGAAGAAAAAGAUUGAGGAGGUGAGUGGCGUGCUGGGUUUCCCACCAAGCUGCAUCUUUCCUGUGAAGAACUACCAAACAACGCUCGAGACAAGUGAUGACACUGAUACACUGAUACUGAGCGCACUGAGACGGAUGAUUGAAUCUGGAGAAGACUUUGUCAACGACCUGUAAAACUACAUACUGCUGAGGCAGGUCUUGGUUUUAUAACAACAUGUUAACAAUUAUGAUAAUUACAUGAAGUGGGCAAAAUGGCUUUUAGUUUUUUUUUUGCAGCCUGUAAUGCAUCAUAUCUAUACUAUAAAUGAUGGUGUCUCUACCUUAAUGAGUAAAGUACAGUAUGAAAAGGCUUUAUUUUUCCUAUAUUUGAUGUUUUCUUUGCAUUAUGUGUCAAGGAGUGAACUCUGAGGCAUGAACUCAAAUGCACGACUCAAACUCAGACUCAGGAGAGGUUCAAAAUAAAGACUUUACUGGAAUUAACACAGUAACAAAAACAGGGAAUAACAAUAACUCUCUUUCGAGGAAAAACAAUGACAAUACUCUGAAGCUUAGAGGUACGUAACACGUCUGUGGAGUAAGCUUGCUCAAAGUCCUGAAUGAGGAAACAAACCGACAAUGGACAGGAGGGAACUAGCAGAAUAUAUACACAGGGUAAGGGGAACAGGUGGAAACAAUCAGGGCGGGGAAAACAAACAAAGACGCAGGAGACAGAUAGGGGCGGGGAGUGGAGGCCUGAAAUGAGAGGGAGAAUUACUAUUCAAAAUAAAACAUAAAGCACAGGACAGAAGGACAUGACAAAACUAACAUAAAGAAUAAACUUUCACAAUAAGUUUCUUAGACAUGACAUUAUGGUAUUGUUAGUUAUGCUUUUUUGAUUCAGGUGGUAAUUUAUAUUGCCGUCUCCAGGUAAUCGAGAAUCUGAAUAUUCGUAGGUCGAAGAUGAUUUGGUUGACACGUGUUCAGAUUAAUGAUAACAUAUGCUGUACCUGUCAUUGAUUAAAAAGUGUUUUGUAUAUAAUGAUACUUUUUUAAUGUAACCAGAUCAUAUUCAUCAAAUAAUGAUAACAUCAAUAUUUUUAAAUUACAUAAUAAACAUAAUUGUUUCAAUCACGACAACAGAUCAGAGCAGUUCUGUGAUUUGCAGCUCAUUCAGAUCAAAGCAGCUUCACUUGUCUCUAAGAAAACCCUCGUCAGAUUUUAAAACAUGCAUGUGAUUACACUCUCAAAAACAAUACAUGGUGUUUCUUAUUUUUGCUUGCAUUAAAUGGUUCAACAAUGAUGUACAUUAAUUGUUUAAAAUAUUUGGUGUAUCCAUAUUUUGUUGUUACAUUGGGAGGGUGCAAAGUCAUGAUAAUCAGUGCCUGUUUUAUACAGUGGGCCUAUUCUAGGAUGGUUACAUGUUAAUGCUUUGAUUUCUGUAAAGAUGAAGAUGAAGCUGUUGAUCUACAAUCAUUUGAUUCUCACCAAUAAUAUUUUGAGCAAUAAAUGCAUUCACACAUUCAA